AUGCAGUCAAUGGAAAGGGUGUGAAUUAUCUGUAACCAGUAACAGAUCCAGGGAGUUCCCGGCAAAUGGCGCAACGGGGGUGGUCUGAAAUAUUGUGCAUAGCCACUCUAUUGUUAUGCGGCGGUUUUGCAACCUCCUUUUCCACGGACCCUCCGUUGCUCCAACAACAAAAGGACCGGGUCGGUACGCUCCCGGGUCAAACCUUCAACGUUAGCUUCGCACACUACGCUGGGUACAUCACCGUCGAUGAAAAUGCCGAGAGAACGCUAUUCUACUGGUUCAUCGAGGCCCUUGAAGAUCCUCAUUCCAAGCCCCUUCUUUUAUGGCUCAAUGGAGGACCUGGUUGUUCGUCCAUUGCUUACGGACAGUCCGAGGAAAUUGGACCCUUUCAUAUAAAUCCAGAUGGCAAGACUCUUCAUCCCAAUCCCUAUUCUUGGAACCGAGUUGCCAACGUUAUUUUUCUUGACACUCCUGUUGGGGUUGGAUUUUCAUAUUCAAUCAAGGGAUCCGAUCUGCUGAUCAAUGGCGAUAACAGGACAGCUGAGGACAAUUUAGGAUUUCUGCUGAAGUGGUUUGAGCGGUUCCCUCAAUACAAAAGAAACGACUUUUUAAUUGUUGGUGAGAGCUAUGGAGGGCAUUACGUUCCUCAACUUAGCCAAGUUAUUGUUAAGUACAACUCAGCUAGUAAAGAAAAUGCUAUAAAUCUGAAAGGUUUCAUGGUAGGAAAUGCUCUGACGGAUGAUUAUCAUGAUCAAUUAGGGAUGUUCGAGUUUAUGUGGUCAAGUGGUUUGAUUUCGGAUCAAACAUACAAGCUUUUGAACCAACUUUGUGAUUUUCAAUCAGUUGAACACCCCUCACAUGCUUGUGAUAAAAUUUGGGAUAUUGCUUAUAAAGAACUUGGAUAUAUAGACCCAUACAGUCUGUAUACACCACCGUGCCAUGGCAAUGUUAGUCAGCUAAGUGGGCUGGUGAGAAGAAAGAAUAGAAUUGGUAGACUCGGUCUCAAUGCACCAUAUGAUCCAUGCACCGAAAGUCACUCCACUGCAUACUUCAAUCGACCUGAGGUCCAAACAGCUCUUCAUGUUGAUCUAGAUCAUAAGCCUGCUACAUGGGAGACCUGCAGUGAUGUGGUAAAUUCAAACUGGAAGGAUUCUCCAAUAACAGUGCUCGAUAUUUAUCAUGAACUUAUUGACGUGGGUUUGAAGAUAUGGGUGUACAGUGGUAAUACGGACUCGGUGAUACCUGUCACGUCUACUCGCUAUAGCAUAAAUGCUCUGAAGCUACCUACCGCGAGUCCUUGGCGUGCAUGGUAUGAUGAUGGAGAGGUAGGAGGAUGGACCCAAGAAUAUGAUGGGCUUACGUUUGUGGUUGUAAGGGGUGCAGGGCAUGAAGUUCCUUUGCAUAAACCAAAACUUGCUCUAACACUCUUCCAGAACUUCUUAGCAGGAACAUCAAUGCCUGAUCUUCAGCUUCUCAGUGCCUCUUGAAAUUCACCUUUACUGUUACCACGGGACCCUCCUCUGUUGCAUUAUUUUCUGUUAAAAAUGUUCUCUAUGGACUCUAUUUUUGUUUCUAUUUUUUUUUAAUUUUCUGAAAACAACAUAUGUAAUGAUGGAAAUAAAAUGGAGGAAGUUUGUAAGAUA